UUUUUACUUUGUUUAUAAAUGUUGCAUAAAGAAAUCCUUGCUCAUGUGCAUAAGCAGCAUCUUGUUGUAUAUUAAGACAUUUUUUAAAUAAAAUGAAUCCCCAAUUUCUUUUAAUUUAUCUACAAAACUUGGUUUAUACGGAUAAUUGCGGCUCUACUGCCCCCGGUUUAUAGGAAGGGUAAUACUACAGCAACCAAAAUUUUAAACUAAAUAAUUUGUCACUAAUAAAAAAAUAAGCAUGUUAAUUAACGCUUAAGGAAUAAUUUAAUCAUUAACGAACAUAUUAUUUAAUUUACAAAUUUAAUUUUAAAAUUUUGAUUUAUAUAGAAUACGUCCAGAUUGACCUGAAUUGAUUCGUUCAGAUGACGUGGCUACGACACUUGCAAUGAGCGGGAUCCCAAAACUAUUUAAAACUCAAAAUUUCAAUUCAAAAUAAACACACAAAAACAGUGAAGCAGGAUUCGAUCGAGAGAGAGCUAUGGAGGGUGCAGGAGGAGAGACCCAAACCAAAAACGGAGGCGGCGGAGUUGUGAGAUCGGACGUCGCAAUUCGCAGUGCAAAAGCCGCUCUUCUUCUCUCGUCGCUAAAAUCAUCGCCCAAUCGCCGCUUCAGCACCGCAAUCGACGACGACGACGAAAUCGCCCAGGAGGAGAAGGAGAUGCUGAAGAAGGAGAUCGGAGAUCUGAAGGUAACGGUUGCGAGGGAGCGACUCAGGAACAAGAGGAUUAAGGUCUGUGGCUUGCUCGAGAUUCUUCUUCAGCUGGCGUUGCUCUUUGCAAUUUCCGCUUUCCUUUUCAUGCUCGUGAUUGAAGAUGGAGAAUCAUAAUUACUCUUUCCUCUCUGAAAAAGUGAAGUCGCAGCAGAAAACGAGUAAAUAAUUAGAGGCGGGAACAGCUGAUUAGUCUUAAUUUUUCAUUAAUUUGUUGAAUUUUUAGUUUCUUUUGGUUUGUUAAUGGAACUGAUUGCACCUUAUAGUGAGAAAGUUUUACUAUUAUUUUCUUCUUGAUGGUUCUUAUCGGGUUUAAAUUUCAUAUAUAAUAAAGUCAAAUCAUGUAUUUCUCGUGAGGAUAGCAAUUUAUGAAGU